UUUUUUUCUGAUAAACCUCACCAGCUCCUCUCGGCUCUCAUAUACAACUGCAACUACUAAACCCUCUCUCUCUCUCUCUAUCUCUCUUCACCAUUUCUUUAUCUUCCAUGGAAGAACAACCUUCAACAACAAACUAAAACAAACAUGUUUCUAAGGUUGUUUCUUCUCUUAUCACUGGUCUCUUUCUCACACUCAGCUUCUUGUCAUAAUAACACAGACUUCCGUCAGUUAAGCAGAGUUUUCCGUUACGUCUCCGGCUUCAACUCUUCUUGGUUCUCCUCCUCCUCUAACUGCUCCGCCGCCGUCACUCAAAUCGUGCUUCCGUCAAGAAACCUAAACGGCACCGUUUCUUGGAACCCUUUGCGUAAUCUCACGCGCUUACGUGUUCUUGAUCUCUCCAACAACUCUCUCCAUGGUUCUAUUCCCACUUGGCUCUGGUCUAAACCGGGUCUCGUCUCUGUUAAUCUCUCCCGGAAUCGGUUUGGUGGCUCUAUACGAGUGAUUCCGGUUAAUGGUUCUGUUUCUUCUGUUCAGAAGUUGAAUCUCUCGUUCAAUCGGUUUACAAACGCUGUUAACUUAACCGGGUUUAUUAACCUCACAGCUCUCGAUCUCUCUGGUAACAAUCUCGGUGUUUUGCCACUUGGUUUAGCUUCUCUCUCCGGUUUAAACCAUCUCGAUAUCUCACGAUGUAAAAUCAACGGCAGUGUUAAACCAAUCUCCGGUUUAAAAUCGUUGAAUUACUUGGAUUUAUCGGAGAAUUCAAUGAACGGUUCGUUUCCGGUUGAUUUUCCGAAUCUCAACCAUCUCCGGUUCUUGAAUUUAUCUGCAAAUCGGUUUUCCGGUUCGGUCGGGUUUGACAAAUACCGUAAAUUCGGCAAAUCGGCUUUCUCACACGGCGGCAGUUUCGUAUUCAACGACUCCAAAAUCCCGAACCACCACCUUCUCCAUAGUCUCCCUCACCGGAAUCCUCCGCCGCCACGUCAUCGACCCGUCAAAACUCACCGUUUUCAUAAACACACUCCUCUGGUGAUCGGUUUGUCAUCUUCGUUAGGAGCUUUGGUAAUCCUAAUAUUCGCGGUGGCCAUAAUUAUAAUCCGCCGUAGAUUGAAAUCGGCGAAGAUGAAAACGAGAUGGGCGAUUUCGAACCCAGUACCGAUGGAUUACAAGAUGGAUAAAUCUGGACCGUUCGAAUUCGGGACGGAGUCAGGUUCGUCAUGGGUCGCCGAUAUAAAAGAACCAACGGCGGCUCCGGUUGUGAUGGCAUCUAAGCCGUUGAUGAAUCUUACUUUCAAGGAUCUGAUUGUUGCCACGUCACAUUUCGGAACGGAGUCCGUUAUAUCUGACGGCACUUGUGGUCCGCUUUAUCGUGCCGUAUUACCAGGAGAUCUCCACGUGGCAAUCAAAGUGCUUGAAAAGAUCAGAGACGUUGAUCAAAACGACGCCAUUACUGCGUUUGAAGCUUUGACUCGGCUUAAACAUCCAAAUCUGUUGACUCUCUCCGGUUAUUGCAUCGCAGGAAAAGAGAAGCUUAUAUUAUACGAAUUUAUGGCAAACGGAGAUCUUCACCGAUGGUUACACGAGCUUCCGGCUGGAGAAACCAACGUGGAAGAUUGGAGUGCUGAUACAUGGGAGAGUCACGUCGGAGACUCGUCUCCUGAGAAAACAAACUGGCUUAUACGUCACCGUAUUGCCAUUGGGGUUGCACGUGGUUUAGCCUAUCUUCAUCAUGUUGGUACUACUCAUGGACACUUAGUUGCUACCAACAUCCUCUUAACCGAAACCCUAGAGCCGCGGAUCUCGGAUUUUGGUAUCAACAACAUAGCGAAAACGGGCAAUGAUAACAAUGUAGAAUUCGAUGUGUAUAGUUUCGGGGUGAUUUUGUUUGAGUUGUUAACCGGGAAGCAAGGGAGUGAUGAGAAUGUUAAAUCGGUUCGAAGGUUGGUUAAGGAGAGGAGAGGUGAAGAAGCUCUUGAUUCGAGAUUGCGAUUAGCGGUUGGAGAAUCGGUUAAUGAGAUGGUCGAGAGUCUUCGGGUUGGUUACUUUUGCACGGCUGAUACGCCAGGGAAGCGACCAACAAUGCAACAAGUCUUGGGUCUUCUUAAAGACAUACGUACUGUUUCGCGUUGAGUUAGGGACGUGAGAAAAAGUUUGGUUUAAGAUAAAUCAUGUGAGUAUUAAUUAGAUUCGAGUGUUGUGCGAUUGUUGUGGUGUGUGAGUUACAUGCGGUUUUGUCAAAGUUACUUUGUAUUUUUUUUUUCUUUUUUCUUUUUGGAAAUUAUAGAAAAAAUAUUUCUAAAAAUUGACAAAAUUUU